GAAGUCGAGGCAGCUGCAUGACAGCCGGGGAGCGGCAGGAUCACGUGGUUCGGUAACGCGUAGACUUUCAGGUUGAUGUGUUUGGUCUGUGUGCUGACACGCUGGAUAUGUAGACCAAGCGUAAUGUCAUGGAAGACCGGCUGCUCGCAUCCAGAUAAUCGGUUAUUGUCGCGGAUUCGCUUGCGGUAAAUUGGAAGAAUUUGUUACCCCCGGAAAAGUAAUGUAUGCACCUGUCAUUGUGUCUUGCAGUUACGUUUUGUAACUACCCUCUAAAUCUUUGGGAGGAGGCACAGACCAGAGGAGGGGAAACGGAACAAAAAUUUCAGCAUGGACUUGAAGACCUUCCUGCAGCUUUUUGUACUGGUGGUCCGGGCUCUGGAUGGAACCAUUUUUGUUGAAGGAAAUCUUUUUGAUGUUGAUUUUUCUGCACAGCGGGAGAAUAUCCUGCCAAACAGCGCCCGGCCAGCCAACAGCAGCCGUGUGUUUUACGGGAUAAUGAUGGACGCUGGCAGCACGGGCACUCGCAUCCAUGUUUACUCUUUCAUCCAGGAGGACCCGGACGGGCUGCCGUAUUUGCACAACGAAACGUUCCAUUCGGAAGAGAUUGGUUUAUCUUCGUAUGUGAACACGCCUGAGGAGGCUGGGAAGCUGGUGCGGGAACUACUGAAGGUUGCAACGUCGGCAGUGCCUCGCGCCAUGUGGCACAAGACCCCGUUGGUGCUGAGGGCCACCGCCGGCUUUCGGCUGCUGCCUGCGGAUAAAGCUCACGUGUUGAUUGAGGAGAUCAAGGAAGUCUUCAGUCAGUCCCCCUUCUUGGUGACAAGCAGAAGCGUCAGUAUCAUCGACGGUACAUAUGAAGGAAUCCUGGCCUGGGUGUCUCUGAACUUCCUAAUGGUAAUGUGCCUGUUUCUAGGGCAUUUGCAUGUCGACAUGAAGAGAUCAGCAGGCGUUUUAGACCUGGGUGGGGCCUCAACCCAAAUCUCAUUUCUACCUAAGUGUCAGAAAACAGUUAAUAAAGCUCCUACUGAUCAUGUUGCCAAAUUGGAGAUAUUAAACACAACAUACCUGCUCUACACUCACAGCUACCUCAAAAAUGGACUCAAAGUUGCUCGCCUUCUCACUUUAGGGGCCCUGGGUGAUGCAGAUCCAGGAAAGAAAGUUUUUAAAAGUUUGUGCCUGCCGAAGAACUAUUCUGAUAAUUAUACCUUUGGUGGGAUCACAUACGAAGUCCGUGGAAAUAUAAAUGGCUACAAUGGCUACGAGACCUGCUACAAAGAGGUUUUGAAGGCCAUCAAGGGCUCUGUGCGCAAGCCGUACAAUGUUCACGAGAACAUGUUUCAUGCUGUUGCCUACUACUAUGACAUGGCUAAGGACUCAGGCCUCAUUGAAGGCAGUCAAGAUGAGCAUGUGGAAGUGAAAAGGUUUAAGAAGAAAGCAAAAGAAGUAUGUGGUGACAAGUCCAAGGAUCACUACGGCAAGCCUUUUGACUGUAUGGACCUGACGUACAUCACGGCCUUGCUGACAGAGGGCUUUGGCUUUCAGGACAGCGUGGGCCUGCAGCUGACAAAAAAAGUGAAAGGCUUUGAGAGCAGCUGGGCCUUGGGAGCCAUGCUGGAGUACCUCCAUAAAGUCCGAAUCCCCUGACGGUGUUCCUCUAAAGUCUAACGAAAGGUCACAGAGAGCUUGGACACUCUGUCCUCUAGGUCAGUAGCCCUUAGGCCUUAUGACAGAAAAUGUAUAAAAAUUGUUGCAUCAGACACUAAACAUAUCAACGAACCUCUCAAGUUCAAAUUACAAUUGCUGCACCCUUAGUGAUUGUUUUCAGAAUAUUUUCCUGUCGGUGUAUUGGCUUUUCCCAGCCACCUGCUUGUUUUAUUUAUUAAUAUACAAUAUUAUGUUAUUCCUCCAUGGCAACUUAGGUUUUUAACAGUCUUAAGUCAGUGCCUUGAUGCUUCUCUUGUGUUUUUUUUUUUUUUUUUUUUUUUGCAUAUGAUUUAAAAAUAUGGUACAGAUUGUCGAAGCAUGAAAACUAUUAGGCCUACAUAAAGGACCAGAUUUACUAAGAAAGCCAAAUUAGCUUGCAGACAUAAUCACAAAAAAGCAGAAAUUGGAGUGACCAACUCUGCAUCCGUGUCCAUAAAUUUGUGCAUUUUUCGUAGAUCACCUGCAGUCAGCUCAUUUAAAUAAUGACCAACCCAAUCUACCAAGGCCAGUGCAAAACGAGCCAUUUGCUUCCUGUAAAUCACAUUGCGAGAUUCAUUUACUGUCCUCUCCCAAAUUUUGCGCUUUGAAAAGGAACUUCAAAAAACUCAUGUGCAAUAUGGCCAGUCGCAAAAUUAACCGUCAACGCCUUUCCACAGUGCGUCUUUAGUGAAUCCUGACAGUACUAUUUUAAUUAUUUUAAUGCUAAAAGAGUGUUUGCACUAGUGAACUGUUAGUAAAUCUAGUCCAAAAUGGCUUAUCCUGCUCCUGGCAGCAGUGAACCUUUGAAAGUCGUCUUCAGGUCAAUCCAAGCACAUAGACACAGCUGCUUAAGAAACAACCUGUCUGACUGUUAAUAUCCUCUCUUAAAUUAAAUUUCAGAAACAUGCAUUUAUUGAAAAAUACACGUUUGUUUAUUUGUUUUGUAAUUGUGUUGUUGAUUACUGAUCGAAGCUACCAAUGUUUAUCAACACUGUAGACUUUGCCUGUGUACUGUUACUCUGUGUGAGGAAGUGUAUAAAAUUAGUUUUAACACA